AUGGACAGAUUGUCGCCAGGAUGGAUCAGCCGCUCGUUAUCGCGGAUAAAAAGGUCACCAGAAUCACGACCAACAACAUCCAGCAGUCAGGUCUCCCCACAACCAUCUCGAAGAUCGAGCAACAGCAACAGUUCGCAACGGUCAAGUAGAUCUGGAAGCCGGUCGAUCCGAGGUAUGGUGAACAGGAUACGCUCAGCAUCGAAUGCCAGCAUACCAAAGGACCAAAAUCAAGAGCCGGGCUUCAAAGAGAUCGAUGAUUGGUUCACUGGGUUCCAGAUGUACAACCAGCUCGUGACCACGUCUGAGAGAUCCCAUACAUCCCCGGAGUUUGCCAAAGCCACGAAACAGUUGACGAAAAACUGCGGUGGCAACUUCAUCCACGGACUCCCUGAAGCCAUGUUUGACUUUUCCCUCCUCUGGUGCCCGGCAGAAGCAUCAGCAGCCAGAGACGACAGCGAACCCUCUUGGAGCUGGACCUCGCACAACGGUCGCAUAAAUUUCCCCUUCGACCCCACCAGCUGCCCGGACACCUUCACUCUCCCCCGCAGCACAGGCGAAACCUUCCGCUCCGAGAUCCAAAACUUCCAUAUCGGCCCCCAAUCCACCCCCUACACCGUCCGCCGCGACAAGCACACCUCUCUCCGUAUUCGCUACCCACCAUACUUCCACGCGCCGCGCGGCUCAGAUCACACCUCGGAAUCCUCCACGCUCCGCUUCACCGCGCAAGCCAUCCCCGCAGACAACUUCACAGCCUCACAGCUGCACUACGCCGCCGCCGAGAUCCCCGUGUCGCAGCUCCGCGACCCCGAGGGGCGACACACAGGCGUGCUCAUGAGCCAUGAAUCCGCCAUCUCGGCGCCGCACUACCACGGCCCGUACGAGUUCGUGCUGCUGAGCCGGAACAAGCGUGUCGAGCCUGCUGAGGGCAUGCGCAGGCCGGCGAAGACGAUUAUGCAUCCGCCUGGUACGCCGAUUUGGGAUGGGGGGCGGUUUGUGUGGGAUGAGGAGGUUGUGGAUUUCGAUGAGGAGGUUUUCGCGGCGGGGGAGUGGUGUAUGCUCAAUGUUAUGCUGGUCCGGUGGGAUGAGGAGAGGGGAGUGGCUGAGCGGGUUGCUGUGGGAAGGAUACAUGAGGAUGCGUGGAAUAAGCUGGAGCCGCAGAGAAAGGAUAUUGUCUUAAGAUGA